AUAUCGAUAGCAAAAGCGCGCGGUUCUUUGCCAGGAAGCUUGAUCGAAAAGCACACGAAUCACAAGAAUUAAGAUAAAAUAUGAAAUAAGAUAUAUAUAUCUAUAUCCAAAUCAGGCAUCUAUCGAAGUACAUAAACAACGCCAAGCCAAGCAGCAUGUGCGAUGCAGCUGCAGCUGUUGUGCCAGAUAAGCGCAAUGUGGAGAUAAAAGCCCGUAUUCCGGGUGGUGUCGACGAGUUCAAUCGUCGCGUCGACAUCGCCAAGAAGCUAACGGGCUCCGCUGGUGAGGUGAUUGUGCAGCGCGACGUCUUCUUCAAUUCGCCGCAAGGCGGCCGACUGAAAUUGCGCUAUUUGGAGGCGCCGGCGCGUUCACAGCUUGUCCACUAUGAUCGGCCGGAUGUGGCGGGUCCCAAACUCUCCAAAUAUAACAAAAUCGAGGUGGAUGAGCCGACGGUCCUGGAGAAGAUUCUACGAUUAUCGAACGGUUCACUGGGCAUAUUGGCCAAGCAGCGAUUGCUAUUUCUGCACAAACAAACACGGAUUCACAUGGAUGAGGUGAAGGAUUUGGGUCAUUUCAUGGAGUUCGAAGUUUGCCUACGUCCCGAACAGACACUGGAAGAGGGCCAGACCAUUGCGGAUGAGCUGUGUUGCACAUUUGGCAUUGCGCCCGCAGAUCUAAUGACCGGCUCCUACUUCGAUCUGCUCACCAAGAACUAACCAUUUCAAGUUAAUAUAUGCAACUAAUAAAAUAUAAAUUGGA